CACUUGGUUCCAGUUCCCUUCUUAUGUAUAGUUUACUUUGGAGUGAUUCCUGCCUGGUAAUCCCAGGUCUUCUGGCUCUCCCAACCCAUUUCAGAGAAUAAAUACUUGCCUUUUAGGUUCUUUUUAGCCUAUCUUGCUUUUGCCGAUACAAGUGUUACCACACCAAAGCUAGAGCAACAAAUAGUCACUCAAGGAAUGGGUUGUUCCUUUUGAUGUUCGGUCAGCAGAGUUUUGCAAGUCAGAUGUGGGAUUUUUUGAAACAGUUACUGAGAAGCAUUCACAUGCAAAGAUGAAGAUGACAGAAUUCAUUAAAAGCAUAUUCAAGAAAGCUGCAUGCCAGUAGCAUGAUGGCAGAGUUCCUUAUGGUGUGGUGGGGACAUUUUUUGGUGUCCUUUUUGAUUUCAAGUGCAAAGAAAAGCAGGAAUACUCCUGCCUAUCUAUCUCAGCUGAAUUGUGCUUUGUAUGUGUUUGAACAGAUAUGGAAUUGAGUCUCUACUGGAUACCCAAGUACAAUUCCAUUAUCUGAAUAGUCUUAAAGAUAAAUAGAAUGGUUAGAUAAGGUGUGCCAUAAUCCCUGACCCUGCAGCUGAGGGAAGUGGUGUAAGUGGUGUCAGCCAGCCGGCAAGAAUGUCACAUGCUUGGUACAGCAGUGGCACUGCUGGCGGGGAUGGAUGCUGCAGGUCAGGGUUUGGGGCUGCUGCAGCUCUUCCCACAAAGCAGUGCAGUGUGUGUACCUUUCUGUGAACCUAGACUCUGUUCCAGAGCACAUCUGCUAGUUUUGCAAACAGGCCGUCUGCUGUAGCAGUUUUCCUCUCCAGCCUCCUUUACUUAAAUGGAGUAUAAGCUCUUUGUCUUCUUACCUCAACUAUGGAGGGGUUCAGCAGAAGAGAGGUCUUCUUUUGAGUAUCUGGAUAUUCUGUACUCAGCCCACAGUUGCAGUAUAUACAAAGCCAAAGUGGAAAACAAUGUUAUUAUCUUCCCUCUGCUUUCAGAGCAUUUUCAGCAUCUUCUCAGGGAGAGAUCAGAACAGCCCCCGGGAAGUCAUUGUUGUCACUUCAAAAGUGGCUGUCAUCCAGAGCAGAGCACUGUGAGCUCAAAGCUGUGGUAACUUUAGUAAGUGUGACAUUCACAGGGCAGAAUGUGAGGUCUUGUUGCAAUAGCAUACACAUAUUGUUUUGCCCGUGCUAUCAGAGGGAGAGACGGUGAGGCUAUAUACUUCAGCAGCUAUGAGCCAGAACAUUGGGAAACUCUAUAGAUCUGCAGCAUCUUCAUUCCUCUUCUUCUUGCUGGUUGAUAUCAGUGUCAGUGGAACUGCAAGCAAGGAGAAUGCAGCUGUAACUGGCAUUACAGCACAGCCAUCAUCGUUGACAACACCUGAGCCAUGGCACCUUUUGGUGACUCAAACACCAGCCAAGGAAAAAGCCAAAGAGGGUGAAACUGUGGUCUUAAAUUGCCACUUUAACAGUCCACAGCAUCUCUCCCUGACUGACCUGAUGGUGAAGUGGUACAAAGAAGAUGAAAAGGGGCAGAUGGACCUGCUAGAAAACAAUGUGACUGUCUUGACAAAUAACUCCAGGUUUUUCAUGAGCGGAGACUUGUCCCAAGGGGAUGCCUCCCUGGUGAUCCUCAAUGUGACAAUCAGUGACCAUGGUAUUUAUUUCUGUGAGGUUACACUUCCAGACAGGACGGUGGUGACAGGAGAUGGGACAAAGCUCAGGAUCAGGAGAGCUCUGGGCUUGUUUGGUAUAGAAGAAUCCAUUGGAACAAUAAUUGGGGUUGUGGCAGCUGGUGUUGGAGGAAUAAUGGUUCUGAUCAUUAUUUUAACCCCCCAGCUGAAGAGGUGUGUCCUCUGCAUGAGACAAGGCUCUCACCAAGGUAAGAAACACAAGCCAAAGCCUGGAAUACCUUGCCAGAAAGAACCCAAUCGUCUGUUUCCAAAGGUACCUGUUUUUUUUGAACUUAAGCAGGAAUUAGCCAUUCACUUACUUCUGGUCAGACACAGUACCUGGUUCAGGAAAUAAGCAACGUGGAUGAAACUCUAACAGGGCUGGCUCUGUAUUCUCUUUUUCAAAUAGUUCUUUGUUUAUGUAGGGUAGAGCUUCAUGCAUGGGCCUAAUGAGUUCCUAUAAACAAAACAAUAGGAUUUUAUUUAAUUUCCACUUCAGCAGAGUUGUUUGAUGAAAUGCUACUGCUUCUUUUAAUGAAGUCCUGGGUCCCCUUCACUUCUUCUAGGUUCAUGCUGAAGGAUGGUUCUUCUUCCCACCAACUAUGUGCUUACAUCUGUAUUCUUGUAAUGCUUUGCAUACAGAAAGCCUGUGAUGGCCUAAGUGUGUGUUUGAGGUGUGGUUUGGAAAGCCUAGUAAUAUCUUUUAUUAGAUCAGCUGAUCAGGUUGGCAAAACUAGACAUUUCCAUGCCUAGAUAUGAGCCAAAUAAAUGACUCGAGAAGAAACUGAUGAACCUGAAAGCUGGCCUGUUUUUUCCACCUCUGUCAGCUGGCCCAAUUAGAGUAGACUGACACUGAAGGCUGGAUUUUGAAACGAGCCUAGUUCCCAUUUUGCACAACCAGGAUGUGGUCUGCGUUUCAGACGGAGCCCAGCUGACUUUCUGCUUUCAGUGGUGAGCUGUGUGGUUUGUACCUCUUACCCCAGCACCCAAAAAUCUUCCUCGUCCUGCUCAGAAAGGAAAUCCCUGGAGGGAAAGAUGCUCUCGCCACUUACUGUGCCGCUGCCGCCACCUGAUGGCCAGCGUGGUGGAGACAGGG